UCAUCCAUCCAUCAUGAAUACAAAAAUGAUAUUACCUGUGUUAAUAGUUUUGCAGUUACUAUCGAAGGCAAAUUCUCUGACGGUGUUCGACAUCACGAAAUAUGGAGCGAAGCCAGGUGCAGACAUUAGUGAGGCACUGCUUAAAGCAUGGAAGAACGCGAUCGCAUCAACAACGACAAGCCAGAUCUUGAUCCCAACCGGUGAUUGGAUAUUGAGCCAAGCUCGCAUGCUCGGGCCGAACAAGGCUCCCAUCAAGCUAGAGAUCAAAGGCAACCUCAAAGCCUACGCAGACCCAACCAAACUCCCUGUGAAGACCUCUGAAUGGGUCACCAUCAACCACGUUAACUUCCUGACCAUCUCUGGCGGCGGUGUACUCGACGGGCAGGGCCAGCAAGCCUGGAACUGCAAAAAAAACAACAACUGCCCCAAGCUCCCCAUCAAUCUGAGCUUGAACUUCAUCAACAACUCCAUCAUCCAUGACAUCACCACCAAGGACAGCAAGAACUUCCACGUCAACUGCAUCUCCAGUCACAAUAUCACGUUUAAGCACUUCACAGUUAUCGCCCCAGGGGACAGCCCUAACACCGAUGGCAUCCACAUAGCCCGAGGCAACCGCAUAAGGGUCAUCGACUCCGUCAUCAAGACCGGCGACGACUGCAUCUCCAUGGGGGACGACCUCAGCGACGUGCUCAUCAAGAACGUGAAAUGCGGACCAGGUCACGGUAUUAGCAUUGGUAGUUUAGGAGGGAACGCGCAGGAGAAAGACGUGAAAGGGAUAACCGUGCAAGGGUGCACUUUUGCCAACACUGACAACGGGGUAAGGAUCAAGACAUGGCCCUCUGCCCCAGCCACACUCACGAUCUCGGACAUUCGUUUCAUCAACCUCACCAUGGUCAAUGUCAGAAACCCCGUCAUCUUUGAUCAGCAGUAUUGCCCGUGGAACCUCUGUUCCUUGGAUAAACCUUCCUUGAUCAAGAUUAGCAACGUUGAAAUCAUGAACAUCAAGGGUACCACUACCACCUCAGAGGGGCUUAUCUUCACAUGUAGCAAAGCUAAGCCUUGCGACAAUAUCAGGAUCGGGGCCAUUGAUCUCAAAUACAUUGGAAAUACACCCGCAACCAUCACCACAAGAUGUGAAAAUAUUAAGCCCAUCUUGUCCGCCAAGCAAAAUCUCCCGGUCUGCUCUGGCUCUCUUGCUUCCAAGCCACCACCUGAAUAG